UCCUCGGGGGCCACGCAGCCCCCGCCCACGUCCCUUUUCUAAUCCAGAUGCGCCCCUGCCCGCCAUCGGCCGGCCCAGCAGACGACGGGAAAGCAUCGAGCGGCGAUGGCGGCGCCCGGCGGCACCUACGACGUGAUCGUGGUCGGCGGAGGGAUCUCAGGAUUGAGCGCGGCCAAGCUGCUGCUGGAGGUCGGACUGAGCCCGGUCGUCUUGGAGGCCCGCGACAGAGUCGGCGGUCGAACCUUCACCGCCCGGAAUAAGGAGACCAAAUGGGUGGACCUGGGCGGGGCUUACGUGGGGCCCACGCAGAAUCGCAUCCUCCGACUGGCUAAGCAGUACGGCAUCCAGACGUACAAAGUCAACGAGCAGGAGCGGCUGGUGCAUUACGUGGACGGAAAGUCUUCCACCUUCAAAGCGUCGUUCCCGCCCACGUGGAACCCCGUCGUCAACUUGGACUUCAACAAUCUCUUCAGGACCUUGGACCAGAUGGGCUCAGAGAUCCCCAGAGACGCCCCCUGGAAAGCCCCCCACGCCGAGGAGUGGGACAAGAUGAGCAUGAAGCAGCUGAUUGAGAAGCUUUGCUGGACCAGCGCCGCCCGCCGCUUCGCCACGUUGUUCGUCAACGUCAACGUGACCUCCGAACCCCACGAGGUGUCGGCCCUCUGGUUCUUGUGGUACAUCAAGCAGUCGGGAGGAACCAUGAGGAUCUUCUCCACCACCAACGGAGGGCAGGAGAGGAAGUUUGUGGGCGGCUCGGGUCAGAUCAGCGAGUGCAUGGCCAGAGAACUCGGCGACCGGGUCAAGCUGCGUUCGCCGGUCUUCCGGAUCGACCAGAGCGGCGAGGCGGUGCUGGUGGAGACCACGGACAAGCGGAUCUACUCGGCCAAGUACGUGAUCGUGGCCACCCCUCCCGGUCUCAACCUGAAGAUGCACUUCAACCCCGAGCUGCCCCCCCUGAGGAACCAGCUGAUCCACCGCGUGCCCAUGGGCUCGGUCAUCAAGUGCAUGGUCUACUACAAAGAGAACUUCUGGAGGAAGAAGGGUUUGUGCGGCAGCAUGGUGAUCGAGGAGGAGGGGGCGCCCAUCGGCCUGACGCUGGACGACACGAAGCCCGACGGCUCCGUGCCGGCCAUAAUGGGAUUUAUCCUGGCCCGCAAAUGCAGGAGGCUCUGCGGCCUGACCAAAGAAGAGAGGUUCAAGAGGAUCUGCGAGAGCUUCUCCAGAGCGUUGGGCACCGAAGAAGCUCUGCACGCCGUCCACUACGAGGAGAAGAACUGGUGUGAAGAGGAGUACUCGGGAGGGUGCUACACGGCCUACUUCCCGCCGGGCAUCCUCACCCAGUUCGGAAGGGUGCUGCGGGAGCCGGCGGGCAGGUUGUACUUCGCCGGGACCGAGACCGCCACCGAGUGGAGCGGCUACAUGGAGGGCGCCGUCCAGGCUGGCGAGAGAGCGGCCAGAGAGAUUCUGUGCACCAUGGGAAAGAUCCACCGCAGCCAGAUCUGGCAGACGGAGCCGGAAUCCCAGGACGUGCCGGCGCGCCCCUUCCCCAGCAGCUUCUGGGACAGAAAUGCGCCCUCGGUGGGGGGCCUUCUCAAGAUGGCGGGAGCGUCCGCCGCGCUGUGCGCCGUCGUGCUGGCCUACAAGAGGGGCCUCCUCCCGCUCGCCGCUUAGCGACUGCCGUCUCUCUGCCGUUAUUCCGACGAGCUCGGCCGCACACAAGGGCGAUACCUCCGAUCGUGAUGACGCGCAUCGUCCUCCGCGCGCACGUCGUCACCGUGAAUCCUUCGCGCCAGUGUCGCUUUUUGUGCAUCGUGUGUGUAUUCGCGUCUGGUGAUUGUCGGUGCAGGCGCUUCGAGCGUACUUCUUUCUUCUCGUGCUUUUAAUGGAACUUUCCACGCGUACUGAUACAAAAAGAAAAACGCUUUUAUCCAUCCUUUGUCCUUUUUAGGGCUGCAAAUAGCCUUUGGGCGAAAAACCUUUUGCCAGACAUUUUGCAGUUGUCGGUUCACUUCGGAAGCGCGAAACCCAAACGGCGAAUUCUUCGGCAACACGAGAAAAAAAAAAAAAAAAAAGAACUCGGCAAAUUGUUAUUGUGUGAUUGGCUGGUGACCAGUUUGGGGUGGGAGCCCGCGACCCACACAGAAGAUGAAUGAAUCAUAAUAAUAAUAAAUGAAGGCAGCACAGUGGCUCAGCUGUAAAGCGUCGGCCAUGUUCUCCCAGUGCCUGCGUGGCUUUUCUCCGGGUGGGCCCUCCGGUUUCCUCCCACAUCCCAAAAAACACGCAACACUCAUUGGACACUCGAAAUUGCCCCCCCCCCCCCCAGGUGUGAUUGUCUGUCUCCAUGUGCCCGGCGAUUGGCUGGCGACCGGUCCGGGGUGUAGCCCGCCUCCUGCCCGUUGACGGCUGGGAUAGGCUCCAGCGCUCCCGUGACCCUCGUGAGGAUAAGCGGCUCAGAAAACAGAUGACUCGUUGAAUGGAUGGAUAAUGAAUAACUUCUCAUGGAGCCACACCCCGCAUAUUCACACGAGCCAAUUACAGUGCGGGACUUUAUGAGCAUCAAUUCCAGAAUUUUCUUUGGGACAAAGAAAUCAAACCUAAUUUAGGAAAGAGAAGAAAAAAACUGUGGCUCUUCGUCGCGAGCUAACCAAUGGAAAUUGUCAUUUGAAAUAUGACGCUAAAUGUGAUGUGAUUGCAUUUUUUUUUUUUUUUUUUUUUUGUCAUCAAUGUGAUGCAAGCAUUUGAAUGUAUUUUCUUCACAGUAAUUGUCAGCAUAUUUUUCCAUCCUAUUUUUUUUUUUUAUCUUCGUCGAAAGGCUGCAACCAGACACCUUUUGAUCCAAAAUGUAUCUGAUGCAUUUUUGUUUGUCUGAUUUGUCUUCAGUCUAAAUUAUGAAUAAAAACUAUGGAUUGUGGAAAUUUCAAGCACGUUGCGUACA